AUGGCCUUAUUUUAUUUGCCUUUGGUGGCUGCUCGAUGCAGAACAGUUAAAUUUUUCAAGGAAGAAGGUGUUGCUCUACAGAAUCACGUCAUUAAAACUGUGACUGAUUCUAAUCCAAUAUCAUGUGGCUGGCAAUGUGCGGACACUCCUCUGUGUUUCUCUAUGAACGUCAGAAGGUUACCAAAUGGAUGGGUUACGUGUGAGCUGAACAAUUCCAGUAGAACCGCUGACCCACGAGAUUUGAUCUCAAGUCCUGGAAGUCAUUAUUAUGAACCAGCGGUAAUACUUUUAUCAUUCGCUAUUUAUUUCAUGAUUGCCACAGCUCUCCCAGAUGGUUGGUAUAGACACGGUUCCAAGCUCCUCAAAUUGUUUCACGAGAGGAAGACCUGGGGACAAGCCCGCCAGUUUUGCCAUUCGAUUGGAGGAGAACUUGCGUCGAUCGAUCAGGAAAAUGAAAAUUCAUUCAUUUUCCAUUUACUCAACCAGAUCAAACCAAUUUCAGCAGGUAAAAACGUGAUCAGCCGCUGGCUUUUAGAUGGCAGUGACGUUGACAUAAGCCUGUUUAAUGAAGCGAGAUAUGAAGAAGAUAUCGAUAGUGAGAAAGCGUUGUACCUCGAUGGAUUGUACGCUUACGCUACAACUCCAGCCGUUAAUUUUGUGACGGACAGUUUCACUUUGGCCAGUUGGGUCAAAUUACAAUCCCCUGUUAAAGAUCCAUCGACUAUAUUUGGAUACUGGUCAGAUACUUACUUUUUGCGUUUCUCCGCCUACAUACAGAACGGACUCCAGUUUCAGUUAUAUAAUCACAAAAUAGGACAGCGCGUUUUAAAAUUUCGUGCGGGAACUCCAAAUAUUGACGAAUGGUUUCAUGCCGCAGCGGUCUGGAACAGAGAUCAAAAGAAGACUUCCUUAUACCUUAACGGUCAGGAAAUAGGAAGAAGUGACAAGAGUAACACUAUCCCCAAAAAUUUCCCCGCCACAACUUGUGACAUUGGACUGAAGAGGGGCAGUAAUGACACAACGAGGGGAUAUCUGAAAAAUCUGAUGAUUGUUGGCGCUGCACUGACUAGUGAAGAAAUAAUUAACAUGACAGAUUCAAAUAACGAAGCUAUGUAUGGAGUUUGGACAGGUCUUAAUGACAUAACCACAGAGGAUCUUUUUCAUCGGCCAAAUGGCAGUCAGGUGACUUAUGAGAGAUGGAGCGAGGGCCAGCCAGACAACGCUCAUGGAUACCAGAACUGUGUUCAAAUGAAAGUUAACGACGGGACUUGGGAUGAUGAAAGCUGUGGAAAACGCCUUCCUUUUCUCUGCGAAAAGAAACCUUAA